UUUGGAAUUAUAAAAUGGUGUAUAAUAGGUGAACUUAGAAAAUUGGAGCAAUUAGACCUUGCAACUAUUUCUUCGCAUAACAAAUAAACCGAAAAUUGGAGUCCAUGCUUUGACCUUAUGAUGUCGGAUUUUAUGCACGACGACAACCAAUUCAACCACCCAAAUGCACGGCGGAGAAUCUGCAAUGUCUGCGAAAGGCCGGCGACCGUGUGUCUAUGUGACUCAAUUCCGGCUGAACCAUUCUCCACGAGCACGCAAAUCAUAAUCCUGCAACAUCCACACGAACGGCGCCACCCACUCGCUACAGUGCCGGUGCUUAACAAAUGCCUCCGCAGCUGCCAAACCCUAAUUGGCCGUCGAUUACGACGGGGUGGGUCGGCUCUUCUUGACUCUCUCCAUGAUGCUGCCACCGAAGAAAACCCUAAACAAUGUCUACAUGUGGCUUUUCUCUUUCCUGGUACGGAUCUUACUCCUUCGAUGGAGAUUAACCAGUGGAAGUCUUCAUUUGGGGAUGAUGAUUCAAACAAAUUUGUUCUGAUUGCUUUUGAUGGGACAUGGAAGCACGCAAAGGAGAUGGUAUGCUCUAGCUUUCCAUUUUUGUCAAAGUUUGCAACUCAAGUAUGUUUGAAUUAUGAUGUUAAUGUUGAUGGCGGAACAAUAUACAACUCUGAGUUAAUACUCAGGAAGGAACCUUUUGGUGGUUGCAUGAGUACAAUGGAGGCGGUUGCACGGUGUUUACGAGUUCUUGAACCAAAUGGGGUAGAUAUUGAGUCUAAGUUGAUUAGUGUUUUGAGAACAAUGGUCAGUUUUCAGGCUUCCUUCUUAAAACCCUUAAAGCCAAGGCCCAAGUUGUUGAAAACACGUAAAGAUGAUGAGAAAAAGAUAAGUUGAGAAAUUAACUGUUGGGGUGAUUAUAUUUGUAUUGUCAUAUCCAUUAUUAUCUAUUGACAUAAUGUUCAAUCUCUC